AUGGCGUCUUCUCAAUCACCUCACCUCACGAACAUUCCUCAAGCCGUAAGAAUAGCUGCCAGUAUAGAUCCCAACGUCGAUGCCCAACUGAAGCAACAAGCGAUAGACUAUCUUACGAAAGUGAGAGAGCUCUGUCAAGAGACUUGGCAGGACUGUUUGGCAUUGUACCUCCAAGGUGCAGGUGCUGCUGGACCCUCUAACGCUGGCAAAGAUGGAAAAGAAAAGCUGGAGACAGACUUGAGGAUGUUCUGUGAGCAAGUGGUGGAUACAGUUUUGACGCACAAACCACAAGAGAUGACUGUGGAAGCUCAACAAGCGACCUAUAAUGCGAUCAUUGCCUUUAUAGAUAAUGAAUAUGUGCAAGGGCCUUGUGAAGGUGGUCAAGCAUUCCUUCGAAAUAAACUUGCUUUUACAAUAGCACACCUCUUUCUAGACGUGUACCCUAUCACUAUUCCCUCGUUCCUUCAGCCCCUUUUUGCUCUCUUCACGCCGUCAGAUCCGUCCUCCUCGACCCCGAUAAACCUUCACCCCACACUUCUUACCGUACGUGUGCUUUCAGAAAUAGCGCAAGAAAUUCACGAUACGACCAUCCGAAGCGCACGUCCGUAUUCCAAAAACAGACAAGAACGAGAUGGGGUAGUCAGGGAUGUCAUCAGAUCUAGUGGAGAUGAGCAACUAGCUAUAGAUGGGAUGUUGGGCUUCAUAGAACGAGGUUUAAAUACUCUGGAUCAGGGUGGAGAUGAAAAGUGGUUAGAAGCGGUUGAGGCUACUCUUAAAACUAUGGCUACCUGGACUCCUUGGGUGGAUCUCGCUGUCAGUCUCAGCCCUAAAUCGCUUUCCCUUUACCAUCGAAUACUGCAAUCCCGUCACAUAACUCUUCGUACUGCCUCUGCAAACAUCAUCAAAACCUUCGCUGCCAAAGGAAUACAAGAUCCACAAGCACGGUUGGAAGUACUCAAGGUUCUCAACGUUGUUUCGUUGGUAGAUCCAUUGGAAUCCGAAACAAGAGGUGUAAAGGAUAAUGAGGCAGUCAUUGCUUUCAGAGCUGCCAUAGGGGGGAUUUUAGCAACUUUCGGGACGGAAGCCAUCGCUUUCACUGAGAACACCGACAUUCCGGAACCUUUGCGUAACGAAGCAGAAGAAAUAAUGAAUCACGCUCUUCCCCUCCUACUUCGAUUCUUAAGUGACCGCCAGUAUGAAGUACCCAUUUCAGUUGCCCCUUUCGCUUCAGACCUGCUUCGAGUGUACAAACGAAUUUACAAACCUCCCCUCGCCCCUCCACCUGUCAAAGGGCAACCACCACCUGCAGUACAAUCUCCUCCACCUCCGCUCUCCCCAGAACGACGUCAAUUCUUAGCCUCUAUGUUGGAUAUCCUUAUAAGACAGCUGGCGUGGCCUGAAGAAGCAGAAUGGGAAGCCCCCGGGAAUGAGGAGGAUUCAGACGAUGAGAUGGCUCUCUUCCGUUCUUUCCGGGUGUACUGCCGAUCUUACAUCGAAUCUAUCGCUCAGAUAGAAAAGGCUUUACACACCGAGGUGGUUGCAAGAAUUGUCGUGGCUACAUUAGAUGCCUUCCAGGCCGGUGGACCUUCCGCUGUUCCUUGGCAACAGGCCGAAUUGGCAUUACACCUCAUUUACACAUUUGGAGAAUUGUCAAAAAGGUUUUACAAUUUACCUCCCGAAGUUGCUACCAAAGCCGCCAGGGAUAAAGUUUAUCGUGCGAACGCCAAUAAGGCUUAUAACGAGUCUGCCAUGUCAAGUGGCCGUACGACACCCACUAUGAGCGAAGGUGAUUUCUCACAGCCGACAAUCGAUGGCAAUUAUGGAAAUGCCAGAGAAAACUUUGAUUACGACCAGUAUCCGCUUUCCCCGCUUGGGGAGUUACUCAAGCGUUGCAUGGCAUCCGGAAUCUCGUCUUACCCCCAUCCUAGUGUCACUUUGCAAUACUUCGAGAUAUCAGUACGAUAUGUUGAGUUUUGGAGGUAUAAGCGAGAAACUGUCCCGCCUAUGUUUGAGGCAAUCCUGGAUGCCAGAGGUGUACAUCAUCCUGAUGAGUGGGUCCGACGACGAUGUUUCUAUCUCUUCCAGAAGCUGUGUAAGGACUGCCGAAGCGACUCUGUCAACGAGAUCGUAUCACCGAUCUUGGACAGCAUCAAGGAUCUUUUGGUCAUUAACGCUGAACUCCCAGCUGCUGACUCACCUGACGAGAGUCCGCUCACGAAGGCAACAACCGGGAAAACCUAUGCUGCAGACCAAUUAUACCUUUUCGAGGGUGCAGGUUUCUUAAUAUUCUUCACCAAGUCAGAUCCUAACAAGCAGAUGUCAUUGUUGGAAGCAGUUGCUGGACCUCUCAUGAGUGGUAUGGCUUCUGGAGUCGAAAGUUAUCGUGCAGAUCCCAAUGAUCUUCAAGCAGUUCUUCGAGUCCAUAAUCACCUCAUGGCUCUUGGCCAUUUCGCUAAAGGCUUUCAUACAAUUACCGACAAUCAAGUGGAAACAUUGCCAUACACUCCACCUUUCAAACAGAUGACCGAAGCAUUGCUGCAAGCUCUAGAUGCGGUCAAAACUCAGAGAGUGGUGCGGGAUGCUGCUCGAUUUGCUUUCGCGCAAUUCGUCAAUGCCAUCGGUACAACGGUCGCCGAGCUUGUUCCGCGUUUCGUCUCCGUCGUGGUCACGGAGUAUGAGUCAUCCGAAUUGGUCGACUUUAUGCUUUUCCUGGGGCUGUUGAUGCAUCGUCUCAAGACCAUGGAUAUGCUACUCCUCCCCCUCCUCUCGCGAAUUUUCGCCAUCUUGCAACAACCGAUCACUGGCACAGAUGAAGCUCAGACACACUCUCGCCUCAAAGAUGCCUACCUUACCUUCUUCACCGCAUUAAUGAACGCCAAUCUCGACGGAGUCUUCAUCACAGAACGGAACAAGCCGGAAUUUGAGAACCUCCUAACCACACUCUUAGGGUUAACGCAAGACUGCUCGGAUCCAGGAUCGCAGCGAUUUGCUUUCGGUUUCUUCGCUCGGAGUGUUAUCGCUUGGGGUACUUCUCCGGAAGCAGCAGCUCGACCGUCGGUCUUUGCUGACAGCGCUCUCUCUGCUAUGAGUAAGGCGGUAGCCAACGGUUCAGCCGCUGCUACUAAUCAGCAUGCGAUUGCCAAGGAGGAGAGGGCUAAACAAGCUCUACCUGGAUAUGAAAACUUCAUCUAUCAGAGAUUAUUGCCCGCAUGUUUCGAAGUCCCAGCCAGAAAAGAGUUCAACAUCCGAGGAAGCGGCUUGACCCUCUUUGAGAUGGCAGGGCUGGUUCGCAGUACCGUUCAAGCUCGUGGUCAAGAAGCGAUUGACUUCAUGCUCAACGAUUUACUUCCUCGGUUAGGUUGUCCCUCCGAAAUUGCCAACCAGUUUGUCAACAGCUUGAAGACGCAGCAGGCAAAAGACUUUAGAAAGACGUACACCGACUUUGUCAAGGCUAUGAGAGGAUGA